GAAGAGACUACUUCCGCCUACUUCCGUCCACUUCUCUGGGUACAAGCUAGCUAACGAUGCUUUCGCAAGGAAACAGACAAACAGACGAUGUGGAGCAAGAUGCGACCCCGACUGGCGUGGAUAUGGAUGUUUCGGUUCUGCUGCUUGGAGCGGGGAUGACGGCCGCGUUACACCCACUGUUUUAUGUGAAGUUGCUCAUACAGGUAGGACAUGAACCUCUUCCGCCAACCGUGGGCACUACUAUGUUCGGAAGAAGAGUUCUAUACCUGCCUGGCUUCUUCUCUUAUGCGCAGCACAUUGUUAAGGUGGAUGGAAAGAGGGGACUCUUUCGUGGUCUGUCACCACGUAUUGCUUCCAUUGCCAUCGCCACUGUAAUCAGGACCAAAGCUAAAAAGCAGACGGAGCUUGAACCCAACAAGGAGAACAAGCAAACCCCGCUUAGGAAAGUCAUGAAGGAGACCUCUCACGAGAUGUUCAUCCAGUGCUUGUCCAGAAUAGCCACGCAUCCGUUUCACGUUAUGUCAGUGCGUUGUAUGGCCCAGUUUGUUGGCAGAGAAGUCAAAUACAGUGGAAUUCUCAGUAGUAUCGGCAGGAUUUUUCAAGAAGAAGGAGUCGCUGGAUUCUACGUUGGUUUAAUGCCUCAUGUGCUGGGCGAGGUCCUCCUCUUGUGGUGUUGCAAUCUGCUGGCGCACUUUAUUAACACCUACGCCGUUGACGACAGUUUAAACCAGGCCUCGGCGGUGAGAAGUUACACAAAGUUUGUGAUGGGUUUCACAGUGAGCAUGCUGACAUAUCCGUUUAUGCUGGUGGCUGACAUUAUGGCGGUCAACAAUUGUGGUUUGACUGCAGGUCUUCCUCCGCACUCGCCCAUCUUCAUGUCCUGGCUGCACUGCUGGAAUUACCUCAGCCGCAGGGGACUCCUGUUCAGAGGAUCCAGCUUCUUCUCUCGCCGCGUGCCAGUCACCUCCAUCUGCGAGUGAUGUCAUCAUCGCCAUUAUCAUCAUCACCAUGAAUUGGACCGUCAUUAUUGGACGGUGGACGAAUGGCUGGCACAUAAGUCGCAGUUCUGAGCUCAGAGUUUGCAUGUUGUCCCUGUGCUUUCCUGGGUUUUCUCCAGGUAUUCCAGCUUCCUCCCACAUUCCCAAAACAUACUACAUGCUAGUAAGAAUAAGCAGGAGUCAUACACAGUGGAUAGAUGGUUGUUUCUGUUUUUUUACUUUUUUUAUUUUUAAUAUAUAUGUUCACGAGCCUCUUGUUCAUGUGUCAAUUUCAACUCGUUUAGUAAGACAGGCGUCCUUUGAGUCCAUCUGAUUCAAUUUGGUAAAAUGCUUAAGCGCUUAAAUGCUACCUCCACAGUCCUCAGGAAG